AUGGGCUCGGACGUCUGGGUCGGCCCUUGGCGGCCGCACCGGCCCCGCGGCCCCAUCGCAGCGCUCUACAGAGGCCCGGGGCCCAAGUACAUGCUGCCACCGAACACCGGCUACAUCCUGCACGACCCGUCGCGGCCCCGCGCCCCGGCGUUCUCCUUCGGCGCGCGCCUCCCCACGCAGCAGACUUCGUGCGGCCCCGGGCCCGGCCACCUGAUUCCAGCUCGUAUGACCGUGCGCGGCCCCGACGGCACCCCCGCCUACUCCAUCUACGGCCGUCCGCGCCACGCAGCGCCCUUCCUCACUCCGGGACCCGGCAGGUACUUCCCAGAACGAGCUGGGAACGCGACGUACCCCAGUGCGCCUCGGCACACCAUCGCCCCCCGAAACUGGGGCAUCCACGCGGAGCCGCAGACCCCAGAAGCCGUGCUAGUGGCCAUGCCACUGGGAGGCAUAGAUCUGAAGAAGAAAGUGGUGCUGACCCAGGCCCCGGCCAAGUCUGGGCAGCAGCUGGAGCUGCCAGAGGCCUUCUGCCCGCAACUCAUGAACAAAAUUCUACAAGGGGAGUGGGUGACAAGGUCAGCCUGGACCUGGUACCUACCCGGCUGGCUACAGGCUACAAGGUUAGAAGAUGCCUCCUCUCCAGACCAGAACGUCUGA